AUAAAUUACAUUUUUAAAACCCUCCGGCAAAUACUUCUUCUUUAAGCAGUUUUUAAAUUUCAUCAAAAUUUUAGUGAAAAUAUAUAUAUGGUUGUACGAUAAAGGUUAAAGGCUUUAACAUGUUCAGGAAUUUUACGAGACUUGCUGCAAGGGCCAUUUUUAAUAGCAAUAACAUAGUCCGGAAUAAGUCAGAUGAUAAAAAGGGUUCUCCAAUCAUUAGUCCUUGUGGUGGUCUUGAUAAGUACCAGGGUCGCAUUGUAGAAGAACGUUUUUUUAACCAUCAGGAUAUUGAGCUAUUGAAAAAGAUCCGUAAUAAUGGUAUAACUCUUAUAACCAAACAAUGUGAAGCCAUUGCAAAAAGUAAAGCAGAGUCUGCUGCAAAAACUAUCUCCUCUAAAGUAAUACGUGAGUCUUGUUGCAAAAGUAAAUACAAAAAUUCCAAUGAGGAAUCCUUUUUCAUACGUGAAAACAAUUAUUGCUAUAAUAAACUUCGGGAAAAACUUGAGAAGGAGAAAGCUAAGUCUGAACGUUUACAAACUGGAGAAGACUCACACGUUCCAACUUAAAUCGUACAACAAUUUGCAUAUCACAUUCAACUUGAUACCUGUUUGAAUGUGAAGCUCAUCCGUAUUUUUUGUUUGUAUUUUUGAACUAUAUAACCCUCAGAUAGCAUGAUGCUUACAUAUUUUUUACAUACUGAUAUAAAAUGUUUUCGAUCAGCAUAUAUUUGAAAUUAA